AGCUAAUUAUCCAAUUAGACACUGCCUAGUUGCAGCAGUAAUUAGCUAGAAAGAGGUGGUAUGACAAUGAAGACCUCCGUCGCCGGCACGCGGGUGCCGGUGUCAGUGCUGGUUCUGGUGGCGUUGGUCGUGAUCUGCAUGUCCGGCGACCGCGCCACAGCGCAGCAGGCAACUGGCGUGAUGGCCACGUACAACCUGUACCACCCGGAGCGGAUCAACUGGGACUUGCGCGUCGCGAGCGUCUUCUGUGCGACGUGGGACGCCGACAUGCCGCUGGCGUGGCGGAAGCGGUACGGCUGGACGGCGUUCUGUGGCCCCGCUGGCGCGCACGGCGAGCCCUCCUGCGGCCACUGCCUCCAGGUGACGAACACGGCGACGGGGGCGCGGACGGUGGCGAGGGUGGUGGACCAGUGCGCAAACGGUGGGCUAGAUCUCGACAUCGCCGUGUUCCAGCGGAUCGACACCGACGGCGGUGGCGCUGCCAACGGCCACCUCGUCGUCGACUACGAGUUCGUCGGCUGCCAAGACUGAUGCUCGAAGUUGCUAAUCGGCAGAGCACAAUGUGUUCUUACAUACGUACGUAUGAUCGA